AUGGGAAAGCGUUUCUUGCAACAAUUCGGCACCUUUAUCCAUCUUUUGUUCGCCGCGAAUCCGACAUGGCUCGACAUCACCCUCAUCGUCCUCGGCACCGUUUUAGCUGCGGCGGCCGGGGCCCCAUUCCCUCUCAUCGCCAUUGUCUUUGGCCAGCUCGUCGACGACAUGAACGGCGCGACCUGCGCCGCCCAGGAACCCUCCGGCAACGCGCUGGAUUUCGCCCCCGCCAUCAACAGCAAAAUCGCCCUGAUGGCCUACAUAGCAAUCGGCGCCUUUGUCUUGAUUUACGCCUACAUCACAACGUGGGGCGUCAUCUCCCAGCGACUCGCGCAGCGCAUGCGAGUCGUCUACAUCCGCGCCCUUCUUCGCCAGCCGCCCUCCUUCUUUGAUACCCGUUCCAGCGCAGGCGACGUGUCUUCGCGACUUCACGGCGACAUCGGCGCCAUUCAGGCCGGCACUUCGGAGAAAGUGGGCAUUUUGAUCUGCAGCAUUUCCUUCUUCGUCACGUCCUUCGUCAUUGCGUUCAUCAAGCAGCCCAAGAUCGCCGGCAUGCUCUUCUCCAUGAUACCCGCCUUUCUCCUCAUGUCCAUCGGAGGAGGCCAUCUCUUUGGGAAAUACGCCACCCGCAUGGCCAAGUCUCUCUCUACGGCCUCGUCCCUGGCCAGCGAGUGCCUCUCCAAUAUUUCCGUCGUGCAAGCUUUCAGCGCCGAAGCGCGGCUCGAGGCCAAGUUUUCCGCCCAGGCUUCCCAGGCGAGCAAAGACGGCAUCAAGAAGGCCACGGUGGCCGCGACACAGGCCGGGUUCCUUUACUUCAUCGCGUAUGCCGGCAAUGCUCUGGCCUUUUGGCAGGGAAGCAAAUUUAUUGCGCGCACGGCAGAAGGGAAUGGCGACGGCACUUCGGUAGGAACCAUCUACACGGUUAUCCUGAUUCUCGUAGAUGCUGGCGUCAUGCUCGGAAACACCGCCCCGAUCCUCCCUUUGCUUGGCGGCGCCGUGGCUGCUUAUAAGCGCCUUCAAGAGGACAUCCAAGAGCCCUCUCUCAUCGAUGGCACAUCGGACAGCGGCGAGCAGCUCGAUGCUUCGGCUGCCGAGUCCUUGGAUAUCGAAUUUCAACACGUUUCUUUCGCGUACCCCAGCCGGCUCGAACAGCCCGCGUUAAACGACGUCAGCGUCACGUUCCCAGCGCGAAGUUACACUGCCAUCGUCGGCCUAUCCGGUAGCGGCAAGUCUACGGUCGCCGCUCUUCUCGGAAGACUCUAUGACCCCACCAGUGGCCGAAUCACCAUUGCGGGGCGCGAUAUGAAGGAUCUAAACGUUCGAAACCUGAGAAGCUACAUGAGUUUCGUGCAGCAAGAGCCCUCGCUAUUGAGCGGCUCCAUCUUCGAAAACAUUGCCCAGCCCUCAGAUGGAAGAAGUCGCCGCAAAGGGCGGGAUAUCCCUUCAGCCAUCAAGGGCUUCGGCCCCGAAGCGGAGGAAGUUCUCCGGUUGGUCCAAGACGCGGCGAAUCAGGCAGAUGCCGCCUCCUUCAUCGAGAGGCUCGACAACGGCUACGGCACAAUCGCGGGAGCCAAGGGUAGCAAGCUGAGCGGCGGCCAGCGCCAGCGUGUCGCUCUGGCGCAGGCUCUGAUCAGGGACCCCCGCAUUCUUGUGCUGGACGAGGCCACCUCGGCCCUGGACUCGGCAAGCGAACGCCGCAUCCAAGAGGCGGUCGAGCGUGCCGCUCAUCACCGAACCGUCAUCUGUGUCGCCCAUCGUCUCUCCACGAUCCGUAACGCGGGAACCAUUAUCGUGAUGGAGGCCGGCCAAGUCGUUGAGCAGGGCAGCUACGCAGACCUCAUGGCCAUAGAGGGCGGCGUUUUCGCUCGCAUGGCUAGUCUCCAAUCCAUCGGUACCGCAGACCCCCGCGAACGGGGGUCCAUCGCCGGAGAUUCCAUGGAAGCACCCACCUUGCAGACCGACGAACCCGACCCCGAGGAUGGCAAGGAAAAGCUUGGCGAAGCCGUCGGGCGAGGAGUAACCAAGGACGGAGAGCUGGCCCCCGCUAGCCUCGAAGAAUCCCGCCCCUUCCGCUCCAUGACGCGUAGCCUCGGCCAGCUCAUCCGCCCGUCGCUACCCUGGCUCCUGGCCGCCAUCGUAGCCGCGAUUCUCGUUGGUUGCACUUUCCCUAGUUCCGGUACCAUUCUCGGUUUCACCAUUGGCGACUUGAAUCCUUGCAGCAACACGCCCGAUGAGAUACGGUCAAGCGGCAACCUCUACUCGGGUCUCAUGUUUAUGCUCGCCGCGAUCGAGCUCUUUGCAAACUUCGCCGCUUGGUCCUGCUUCGGAGUGGUCUCCGAGCGCCUUCUUUACCUCGUUCGCCUGCUGUGCUUCAGGUCGUUGAUGGAGCAGGAUAUCCAAUGGCACCAAGCCGAAAGCCCCUCCAAGCUCCUGGCCAUCAUCACAAGAGAUAGCGCGUCCAUCGGCGGAUUUAGCGGAUCCACAAUGGGCACCAUCUUUGCCAUUCUCGUCAACUUCACCAUCGCCAUCAUCCUCUCUCACAUCGUGGCGUGGAAAAUUGCCGUUGUUUGUUUGGCCACCGUCCCCAUCCUCUUCGGCACCGGCUUCAUGCAAUUGCGCAUGCUGGCCCGCUACGAAGAGCGUACGGCCGAUGCCUUCUCCAACGCCACCGCCAUGGCCGUCGAAGCCGUGCAAUCCAUCCGCACCGUAGCCGUCCUUUCUCUCGAAAAGGACAUCAUCACAUCCUUUUCCCGCCUUCUUCAGGGCCCGCAGAAACAGAUCCUCCGAGCAUCCGCGUCCACCAAUAUUUGGCUCGCCAUGACGCACAGCACCGGAAAACUCACCCAGUUCUUCAUCGUGCUCAUCACCAUGCUCGUCAGCGCACAGCUUUGGGCUACCAUGUUCAAUUUGGCCCCAGAGUUCUCGCGAGCACGUACGGCUCUAGCUCGCACAAUCAACGUCAUAGCCUUGGGCUCUACCAAAGAUCUAGCAAAGACGUGGAAGGCCGCCGGGUCAAACCGUGCUGGCGGCGGGGCUGCGGGGCCCGAGAUUGACGUUGAGUCGGGCGAGAAGAGUGUCCAGCCAUCAGCAACAAUGACGACGACUGAAAACCGCGGCAUGUCUAUCAAAUUCGACAAAGUAUGCUUCGCGUAUCCCAGUAGCCCAGACAUCAAUGUUUUGGAUAGCGUGUCUUUCAAUAUCCAGCCAGGGCAAUUCAUCGGGCUCGUCGGUCCCUCGGGCGCCGGCAAGUCCACAAUUAUGAAUCUGGUGCAACGCCUCUACAACCCAAGCUCCGGUACGAUUUCCUUGGACGGCCGCGAUAUCAGCUCCAUCAGCACAUCGGCGUUCCGGGACAAUGUCGCGCUUGUUCCUCAGGACCCCACCUUAUUUAGCGGCACGGUCCGUUUCAACAUUUCCCUCGGUGCCGUUCCCGGACACGAAGCCACGGAUGCGGAGAUCGAGGAAGCCUGUCGCGUUGCCAACAUUCACGAUGUGAUCAUGGCGCUUCCCGACGGCUACGAUACGGAGUGCGGUCCGGGGGCGAGCCGGCUAUCCGGCGGACAGCGACAGCGUCUCGCCAUCGCCCGGGCUUUGCGAGGCGGCUCUUCAGGAGGACUAGAACGCGCCUCGAGAGGCACCACGGUGCUGGCCAUCACUCACCGUCUCCAUACGGUGCAAAAGGCAAACGUCAUCUUUGUCGUUGAGGAGGGUCGAGUGGUGGAUAGCGGACCCCAUUCGGAGCUGAUGCAGCGCCGUGAAAGCUACCGGCUAAAUGCUAUGCAGCAGAUGCUGCAGUAA